AUGGCGGCGGUUUGUGCUCGUGCCUACAAUGAUCUCAUGAACAACCACAGCCAGUUGAUGUGCGGCGGCGGCGGCAGCGGCGGCGAAUACGGAGGAGAAGGGGUUGAUUGGAUUAGGGGCCCUCUGUUAGGAUCAGGGAGCUACGGCCGUGUUUACAAGGCCACUAGUCUCAUUAACUCAUCAUCGUCCCUCAUGGCCGUGAAAACAUCUCUUUCACAAACACUCGCCAAAGAGUUUGAGAUUUUGGUUCGUCUCUACGACUGCCCUCACGUGAUCCGAUGCCUCGGCUACCACACGACACAAGAUUACGAGGGCCGCUCGGUUUCUAAUCUGCUAUUGGAGUAUGCAUCCGGCGGGUCUCUCCUCGACAGGAUCAAGAAAUCGGGAGGCCGAUUGCCCGAAAUGGAGGUGAGCAGGCACACGAGGUCUAUCCUUAGCGGUCUCCGUCACAUUCACGGCCUCGGAUACGUGCACUCUGACUUGAAGCUUGAAAACGUGUUGCUCGUGGCCGAAAACGACGACUUCACGGCCAAAAUAAGUGAUUUUGGGCUUUCGAAAGAGAGGGGGACGGUACCGUAUGCGAGAGGUACGCGCGAGUAUUUGUCGCCCGAGGCCGAGUUGUUCGGGAGGCAGGAGGAGCCUUCUGAUGUGUGGGCCCUUGGUUGUGUCGUGCUCGAGAUGUUGGUGGGCCUGGAGAAUGCGUGGGAAGGGACCAAGGAGGAAAUACUUUCGAGGAUUAUCGGCCGCAAGAUGAUUUCAGAGGAUGCGAGGGAUUUUCUCCAGCGUUGCUUCACGAGUGAUCCCGAUCAAAGGCCCACUGCCGACUCCCUCUUGCUGCAUUCAUUUGUCGACGACUACGCCAAAAAUCUCUUUUCAUCGGCUAACGCAAUUAGUGUUGAAGAUGCUGAAUAUGGGUUUAGUUUCCAUUUCGAUUUUGAUGAUGACAAUUAA